AAUUUUUGUUUACAAGUCGUUGAGCGGCACGUUUUGUUGUGAAAUUUUUAACAUUUCUGACGCAAAAAUAUUAAUAAAAAUUUGUCAAAAUAAUUCAAUUAUUCCCAAAAAGUUGACCAGAAAUACAAUUCGGCAAUGGCAGGCAAAUCGAGUCCCGUGUUGACAAUCGACCUCACAGAUGACGAUGUGGAGUCACUUGGGGUGGAAAUUUGGUCAGAAAGCGGAUAUGCCACGGGAAAUUCAACUGCGCACCAACAUUCUAGUCACUCGAUUUCACACAAUGAUGAAAUUCCGGGAACAUCAAGUGCAUCUGCGCCAAUGAAUUCCACGAUGGUGGGCGAUUUCGAGUUUGAAAGUGAGGAGUACCUGAAAUUACUGCAAAAGAUGCAAGAUGAUUUUAACAAGGAAUUCGAGGAAAUGGACGACGAUGUUCUUUUUGUUGACACACCAGCUCCUUUGCCGGUCGUAGAGCCUGUUCCAGUGACAAAAGUCGAAAAACCUUCAACAUCAAGAGCUCAUACCAGCAUUCCCAGUACCAGCAAAAGUGACGCAAAUAACAAUUUAUCAGCGCCAAAAACGUUCCAAAUGAUCGACGUCGCUCCAGCUUGUCAAAAAUAUUUUUAUUCUCCGUUUACGCCAACAAACAAAACCUUUUUAGCGGCCAUCGGCAAGGAACACAAACUCCUGGAAAACGAUUUGCCGCCGGGAAUUUUCGUUAAAACGUUCGAAAAUCGUCUGGAUCUCAUCAGUGCCUUAAUUGAAGGACCCGUCGACACUCCGUACGAAGGUUGUUUGUUCAUGUUCGACAUUCAGUUGCACAAAGAACAUCCGAAAAAGCCUCCAAAAGUGCAUUAUUGGUCAUUUUGCCGCACAAAAUUAAACCCAAAUUUGUACACAACGGGCAUCGUUUGUCUUUCGCUACUUGGUACCUGGGCCGGGCAGUCGAGUGUCGAACGAUGGAGCACCAACAGCACCAUUUACCAACUUUUGAUCUCAAUUCAGGGUUUAAUACUCGUACCGGAGCCAUAUUACAACGAGCCAGCUUACCACAGUGCACGUCUUACCGGCGCCUUUAAAGAUGCAUCAAAACUCUACAACAGCAAAACACUUUUAUUGGUCCUCCAGUCGAUGACGAACCAAAUUAACAAUCCACCGGCAAUGUUUCGCGACAAAAUCCUCGAGUAUUAUCGAACCACAGCAAAGGCUACAUUUAAGAAAUUAAUUCGGCAAAACGCUAAGGAGUCGUCAUUCCCAAUAGAUAUGUCGAAACAUAAAAACGAGUAUCAAAUAGCUCUGAAGGUUCUUGAGCUGGCAAUUAGGAAAAAAUUGGGAGUUAACGUCUACGAAACUUGAAAUCGAUUACAAAAAAAAUAAUGUUCCUUUUAUGCAAAUAAUUUAAUGUUUUUUUACUGUUUAAUAAAUAAAAUUUAAUACGUGUUCAAA